UAUUCAGAAGAGAAGAAGGUGAAGUUGGCGGUAAUUGAGUUCACUGAUUAUGCAAUUAUUUGGUGGGAUCAAUUAAUGACCAAUAGGAGGAGGAAUCAUGAGAGACCUAUAGAAACAUGGGGUGAGUUGAAAGCUCUCAUGAGGCGAAGAUUUGUACCUAGCCACUACUAUAGAGACCUCUACCAAAAAUUACAAAACCUUACACAAGGGUCAAGAAGUGUAGAAGAUUACCAUAAGGAGAUGGAGGUGUCUAUGAUUCGGGCCAAUGUAGAGGAGGAUCGGGAGGCCACAAUGGCCAGAUUUUUAAGUGGUUUGAAUAGGGACAUAGCCAAUGUAGUUGAGUUGCAACAUUAUGUGGAGGUAGAAGAUAUGGUGCACAUGGCUAUGAAGGUGGAGAGGCAAUUAAAGAGAAAGGGGGCAGCAAGGUAUACUUCAGUUUCUAGCACUCCUUGGAAACCACAAUGGGAUAGAAAUGCUCAAGCUAUAGUAAAGGGAAAGACCGAACCACCUAAGGGAAAAGAUGAGGGAACUAGCAAGAACAAACCCAAGGUUGAUUUCCGACCUUCAAGGAAUAGAGAUAUUAAAUGUUUUAAGUGUUUGGGUUCAGGGCACAUUGCGUCUCAAUGUCCAAACAAGCGAGUGAUGGUUCUGCGAGACAAUGGGGAGGUGAUGACUGAUAGUGAAGAUGAUAGUGAUGAGAUGCCCGAGUUGGUUAAUGCUAGUGAUGAUGAUGGAGUGGAAUACCCCGUAGAAGGUGAGUCUCUUGUUGCCAGGCGUGCUCUCAAUACGCAAAUUAAGAUAGACGAUAUGGAGCAACAGAGAGAGAACAUAUUUCAUACCAGAUGUUAUGUAAGCAACAAGGUGUGUAGUAUGAUUAUAGACGGGGGAAGUUGCACCAAUGUAGCUAGUACCACCCUAGUUGAAAAGCUGAGCUUACCUUUAUUGAAGCACCCUAGACCUUAUAAGUUGCAAUGGUUGAAUGAAUGUGGGGAGGUCAAGGUCAAUAAGCAAGUUUUGGUGGCUUUUACCAUUGGAAGGUAUAGUGAUGAGGUGCUUUGUGAUAUAGUUCCUAUGCAUGCUGGCCAUAUUUUGUUGGGGAGGCCAUGGCAGUAUGAUAGGAGGGUGAUUCAUGAUGGGUUUACAAACAGGUACAACUUUGUGAAGGAUGGAAAAACAUUCAAGCUUGCUCCUUUAACCCCAAAACAGGUCUAUGAGGACCAACUGAAGCUGAAAAGUGAGAUUGCGCAAAAACAAAAGAGUGAAAAAGAAAAUAGAGAGGUGCUUGAGAAUAAAGAAAAGAGAGUGGAGCCACGAGAGAAAAAAGAAAGAGGACUUGUAGAGAGAAAAGGGAAGGCAAAGAUUAGUUUUUAUGCAAAGGAGAGUGAGGUUAAGAGGGCCUUCUUAGCAGAUCAGCCUAUGAUUUUUCUUGUUUACAAAGAAUCUUAUCUUAAUCUUGAUGAAACUAACCAAUCUCUUCCUAGUUUGGCUCUUUCUUUGUUGCAGGAGUUUGAUGAUGUAUUUCCGGAGGAGAUGCCGAGUGGGUUGCCACCCAUUAGAGGCAUUGAGCACCAAAUUGAUUUCAUACCCGGAGCAGUUAUUCCAAACCGACCAGCCUAUAGGAGUAAUCCAGAGGAGACCAAGGAGCUUCAAAGGCAAGUUGAAGAUUUGUUGAGCAAGGGGUACGUGAGGGAGAGCAUGAGCCCAUGUGCAGUACCAGUGCUACUAGUGCCAAAGAAGGAUGGGACUUGGAGGAUGUGCAUUGAUUGCAGAGCGGUCAACAAUAUUACGGUAAAGUACCGUCAUCCCAUUCCUAGAUUAGAUGAUAUGCUUGAUGAAUUGCAUGGCUCAUGUAUUUUCAGUAAAAUAGAUCUUAAAAGUGGAUAUCAUCAAAUUAGAAUGAAAGAGGGAGAUGAAUGGAAAACAGCUUUUAAGACUAAACAUGGACUUUAUGAAUGGUUGGUUAUGCCAUUUGGACUUACAAAUGCGCCUAGUACUUUCAUGAGAUUAAUGAACCAUGUCUUACGUGCGUUCAUAGGCAAAUUUGUAGUCGUGUACUUUGAUGAUAUCUUAGUGUAUAGCACGAACUUAGAUGAACAUAUUGAGCAUUUAAGAUGUGUGUUAGAUGUGUUGAGAUGUGAAAAGUUGUAUGCUAAUUUUAAGAAAUGUACCUUUUGCAUGGAAAAAGUUGUUUUUCUUGGUUAUGUUGUUAGUACAAAAGGUAUUGAGGUGGAUGAAGAAAAAGUAAAGGCUAUCAAGGAGUGGCCAACGCCUAAAAGCAUCACUGAGGUAAGAAGCUUUCAUGGUUUAGCUAGCUUUUAUAGGCGUUUUGUUAAAGAUUUUAGCACCAUUGCUGCACCACUCACUGAAAUAAUUAAAAAGAACGUUGGAUUUCAUUGGGGGAGUGAUCAAGCAAAUGCAUUUGCUACUAUCAAAGAAAGGUUGUGUUCUACACCUGAUAGGUGGCCCAUAGCCUUCUUCAGUGAGAAGCUAAGUGGGGCAGCCUUGAAUUACCCCACUUAUGACAAAGAACUUUAUGCUCUUGUUCGCGCUCUAGAGACGUGGCAGCACUACCUUUGGCCUAAGGAAUUUGUGAUCCACACCGAUCAUGAAUCAUUAAAGCAUCUCAAGAGUCAAGGUAAAUUAAAUAAGCGACAUGCUAGAUGGAUUGAAUACAUUGAGACCUUUCCCUAUGUCAUCCGUUACAAGCAAGGUAAGGAGAACAUUGUUGCUGAUGCUUUAUCACGAAGGAGUAGUUUGGAUGGACACAGGAAGGCCGAAUUGGUGAAGUCAAUUCAUGAGAGGGUACGACUUCAAAUUGCGCAGAAGAAUGAAAAGUUUGCUUCCCAAGCCAAUAAAGGGCGAAGGCGUGUCAUCUUUGAACCAGGCAAUUGGGUUUGGGUUCACAUGCGCAAAGAACGAUUCCCAGCCCAUAGAAGGACUAAAUUGCAUCCUCGCGGCGAUGGACCUUUCCAAAUCCUUGAGAAAAUUAAUGAUAAUGCUUAUAAAGUGGAUCUUCCCAGUGAGUAUAAUGUCUCUGCUACUUUCAAUGUUUCUGAUCUUUCUCCCUAUGAUGCAGUGCACCUUAGGGUAUCAACAAGGUCUUGGAAAUUGGAGACCCAAUUGUCAACAACCAUAGGUCCUUCACUCCCAUCAAACCAAGGUGAGUUAUGCUUGAAGAAAGUGGUCAAUGAACAACCAACCACUUCGUUUCGCUCAGCUCAUCUAGGUAUGGCGUCCAUUAAGGCUGCCACAAACUGUCCCAAGUCAGGCAUGGGUAGAGGAAGGACUGGUGGAAGAGGAGGUGGAGAUGGAGGUGGAGGUGGGGGUGCUUCACUGCCACUUCCAUGUAUCGAUCCCUCAUCUCUAUAG